AUGGGCCAUCACAUUGGUACAAAGCUCUCUCGAGACAUUUUUGAACUUAUGGUUAAGUGGUAUAUUGACAAGAGAAUGUUUGCUCUGACCUUGGACAAUGCAUCAGCAAAUGAAGUAGCAGUCAAAGACAUCAUCUCUGAUCUAAGGGCCAAUGCUAGUUCAACGACUUUGAUAUGUGAUGGACUAUUCUUCCAUGUGAGGUGUGCUUGUCACAUACUGAACCUUGUUGCUAGGGAUGGUUUGAGUGUAAUCACACCCACAAUUGAGAAUAUUAGACAACUAGUUCUUGCUGUCAAGGGAUCCCCAUUGCAAUGGGAGGAGCUCAUGAAGCGUGCAACUGAGUGUGGGCUGGAUACAAACAAGGGUCUUUCACUUGAUGUGUCAACCAGAUGGAAUGAUAUCACUAUUAGUGCAAUGGCUACUUCUAUGAGUAGGAAGUUUGAAAAAUAUUGGAAGAAAUCAUCCACUACACUUGCUGUUGCCUGCUUUCUAGAUCCUAGAUAUAAGAAAAGGCUUAUCGAGUUCUACAUGAGAAAAUUCCAUGGCGUCUCAUCUCAAGUUCAUGUUGAUGAACUUGUUGAUGUCAUGAAGAAAUUGUACCAGUUCUAUGCUGCUGCUGCUCCUUCAUCUUCAAGGCCUAAAAGUGGAUCAAAUGAUGCUAAGGAUACAGAUGACAUGUUAGUGGACAGUGGAGAUGAUGAACUAGAGAACUUCUUGUAUGAGUCUAGUGGGCAUGGUCUUGAUGAUAUGAAUGAGAAAUUUGGACAAGUACAUGGCAGAUCCGCCUCGAGGCUCAAAGUGGUCAAUUUGAUAUCUUGGCAUGGUGGAAGAACCGGACCGAUGAGUAUCCUAUUCUUUCAAAAAUAG